AUGCUCACUUUAUGGAGGCUUCAGUCUGUGCAGCGGUUGCCUAUCGCGCGUCCGCUGCAGAAGUUGCUGGGAAAGAGUUCGCAGCAAGCGCUAGGGUUUAGGACGGAAACGACGGCGCGACUAGGGCCUAGGCAAGGUGCUGCUUUCCCGUGGCAGUCACGCCCGCUCACGCAGAGUCCAGCUGUUGGUGGCUUGCACGGUACCGCGAAGCGCUUGUUGCAGUUUGCGCUGAGUGUAGGAACUUGCACGUUUGUGGCACUCUAUGGCUUUCCGACAGGUCUGAGCGCGAACCUCGGCGUCGCGAGUUCAGAGUCGAUCACGAUCGCGGGCGUGAACACCGGGCCCGGUGGUGCAGCGUCCACAGGUACGAGCUCCCCACGAACAGAUGAAACUUGCACGAAACGUAUCAGGGAGCUCAUGGAUGUGGUGAAAAGUUCCGAACUUGCGGCGGCUAAAGAGGCUGCGAACGAAAUCCUCCAGUAUGCUGUGCAGCAGGGCACUGCCGUGGAACUCGCCUCUUGUGGAGUCGGGGGAGUCCUUGCCCAGACGUUGGAACGUCCGGACAUAGACGUUGACUUGCGCACGACGUUGCUGGAGAUUCUGGGGGAAAUAGUGCGGAACAAACAAACCCACUCGCAGCUCAGAGAUACACCGCUGUUGCGGAGUCUCCUGCAUUGCCUCAACCGGGAUGCAGGUGUCGCUGCGCAGUGUGGCGGAAUGACUAGCGGCUUUUUGUUCCUUUUCGGGCGCCAGCGGAAGCCAGUAGAUUGGUCUCAACUGAACGCACCGCUGAUUCAGCAGGUUGCACGGAUUCUUGCCAAUCUCGCACUAAGUGAAAGCAUUUGGAGCACAGCGACCUCAGCCGAUGAAACACGCCUCAUGAAGACGCUCGCUUGUGCUUUGGCCAGCGUUCAUGAGGCACAAAAGAACACAACCAUGCUGAUUUCAACACAAGCGCAAAUUCGAGAGACCGAAAGAGCGCUCAUACUGUGCAUAGCGAACGUCUCAAGGCUCGCAGCUUUUGCCACCCCGAAGCGGAACUUUCUUCGGGAACUUUUGUCUGCGCUAGAGUCAGAUGAUUCCAGCGUUGCACAGUACGCGCUUUCUGGUCUUCGUUCGCUUGCGAACCAAGCUCCCAUGCUGGCCGCCCUGACCAGCGAGGAGGCACUGGAGCGACUUGGUCGAGUCAUCGCACGAUCGGACGAGCCGGGACUGCGCACCAUGGCGCUCCGCAUACUGCAGGAUGCAGCAUUCGCGAAGAGCCCUGGCACGACGUCCGCUAUUGAUAUGCGAGCAGCGAAUCGUUUCGAGAAAUGUCACAUCCCAGAGACACUGCUCGACGUGCUCCGUGAGAAUCUCAGCGGUCGCAACGACACAGGUCCAGAGCGAGACGCAGCCCAGAUGGAGCUUCCCCAGCGUGCCGCAUGCAAAACAAUUGCGGCGCUGUGUUCAGUCCCGGGAGCUCCGGGCGAACACCUGAGCCGUGCAUUCCUCCUCCAUGGCGCUGAUCGGGAAUUGCUUCGCAUAGCUGAAACCUUCGAGGGGAUUGAUCGCUUCCGGCCGCCGCAUGCCACGGUUGGAGCAGCAGCAUUGGACGCUUUUGCCGUCAUGAUGCAAUCCGCCCGAAUACGAGUUCAGCUAAUAGCGCGCGAUGCAUCGUUCCUUGUGCGGCGCUUAGCGGAUUGCGUCCCAGAUGCAGAGGGCGUGACCUCUCGUGUGCCUUCGCCGACAUGCCGCUCGCUCCUGCGCCUCAUUGGGCAACUCAGUGAGGACAGCGAUACGUUGUACUUGUUAGCAAACCAGGGGCUUUGUCAAGCGUUGUAUGGCAUUUUGCAGGGACGCUUAAGCCUGUCAACGAAUGAAGCACAGAUACUUGUACACACAAUAGCCAAUCUCUCGCGCAUAGACAACGCCAAGUUGGAUCUGCUGGGAUCUCGCGGUGCUUUGCGCAUCUUGAUGAAGCUGCCAACACUCUGGGCGCAGGCGUCUGGUAAUCAGGUACAAGCAGAGGUGAUUGGAAACAACGACUCGUUGCGUCGAGAGUUGGCACGAGCACUCUUUAAUGUCUCUACCGGGGGGCUGUCCCGGGUGAUGGCAGCGCAAGCUGGCGGUGUCGAAGCAGCCGUCCGUCUGGCAACCGACCCGGACCCCAGCGUGCGUCGAUAUGGCGUGCGUGCCCUGUCUCUUUUCGCAGAACAGAUCGAGAACAGUAUUCGAAUCGCUCAGGCCAACGGUCUGCCUGUGCUUGCUUCCGCUGUUGCGCAGCGAAGAACGGAUCCAGAGACGGCUCGAGCGGCGCUGCUGGCUCUCGCUGAACUGACCAACAACGUCGACUUGCAUCCACACUUGCUCAAGCUGGGUGCUGGUACCUACUUUGCUCAAUAUGCGACCCAGAGCGUCGAUAUUGAAUCACAACAGUAUGCAUUAGCUGCAUUGUGUAAUUUGAGCGCUACGCCAACUGGCCGGGCAACCCUGCAGAGCCUUGGUGUCCAUCGGCUUCUGAGCGGCUUGGCAUUAUCCGCCGCAGUUCCGCCAGAGCUGGCCAUGUUGGCGAAUAUGGUCGUAGCUAACAUCGUUCGGAAUGAGCAAAAUGUUAUGCAGACCGUGCCUUUCAGUAUACCGCCCCCUGAAUAA